AUGUUUGGCAGGAGACGGAGAAAUAUUGUAGACAGUGAAGAGGGCGAUGGAUGGAGGCCAAUUGUACUAGACUUGUCACAGUGCCAAUGGCAGGCGUGCGGGCGGCAAUGUGGCGUCUUUGACCCCUCAAGUACCCAGAGCCACGGGACUCCCGAACCGGCAGGCGCAAUUGAAUGCUCUCCUGCAUCUGCAUCUGCAUACCCUACAUGGAAUGAAGACACCACACCGGAAGGUCGUGGAUGGCGACUCCAGAGCGCAGUGCACCCCACCGCCAUGCUGCCAACCGGCUCCUCGACCAAGGGCUGUCAUUGGGUGCAGCGUAGCACGCCCACAUGGACAUGGGAGCGACUACAUGCGGCAUGGCCCAACAGGCAGAGGCUCCACCGCAGCGAAUGGCAGGACGGGGCGAUGGCUCGCGCGAUAAUAGCAGCACAGACGCCAGGCGUGCGACCGAUCGCGAUGACGCCAAGCGCCGGUCUCGCGUUCCGAGGGCAAGGGGGGAGGGGGGAAGGGGGGCGUCAGGCUCGUCAGGCUGGCCAGGCUGACCACGACUGUGUGUUGCAAUGGGCAGAGAGGACGACAACCAUGGCCUGCUGGCUGGACGGCCACUACAGAGGAUGCAGAUGGCGCAAACGCCUGUUGGCAGGCGGCCAUGUCGGCGCUGAGGGCACCACGGCCAGACACAGCAGCGAUCGGCUGGGCUGUUGUGGCCGUGGCCGUCUCCAGACAAGCGCUCGGUUCCCCGUGUCCUUGAUCCGCCCGAGCCGGCAUGGACCAAGCGCGGCCAUGGCAAAGAACACGCACAAAAAAAAGUUUCCUUCGUUUGGAUUUGGCACCGCCGGGCCAGCGAGCAGCGCAGCGCAGCGCACCACAGCGCACCACAGCAUCCGGCACCCUUCUGCCCUGGGCCCAAGGGCCGCUCCUAGACGCUGCGCGCGGGGAAAUGCCGCAUCCCAGAUCCCCCCAGGGCCUUUGCAGCCUUUAAUCCAAAGCAGUGCGGUCCAGAGGGCCAAAGGGGGCUUGCCUGCUCGCUUCCAGCCACUGCAUGGGCGGGAACUUGGGAGGGCGCCUUCGCCGGGGCCUACCUACUUAUCAGUCACGUUGGUCGGCUUGUGGGAUGGGAGCGUCCGGCUGACCCCAGAUGCCGCGUGCCAUGUUUGCGACUAA